CAUUUGAGUUGUAGACCAAAGAAAAAAUUAGAAUUGAGUGAGAGUAGGUUCGUUGAUCGAGAGAAUGGAGAUGGAGAGAAAGACGAAGGAGAUGGAGAAGUUGUGCCGAAGGUGCAAGGGAAGCUACAGAGAUUCCUCGAACAACGCUUCCUCUUGCCGUUUUCAUCCUUCCUUCUUCGUUUGUCGUCGCCACGACGACCAGAAAAGGUACUAUGAGUUGGGACCAGAAGAUCCACCAUACGCAGCCAAGUUCUACGAUUGUUGCGGGGCAGAGGAUCCUAAUGCACCUGGUUGUCUCACCAGCCCUCACAUUUCAUAUGACGACUGAUUUUGUCUCUCUCUCUCUCUCUCUCUCUCU